UCAAACGAGCUGAGAAACAAAAGAGAUGGAAAGUAGAUCUGUCAGAUCUAAACGCUCGCUCUCCAUCUUGACAGUUGACCACUUUCCCGAAGAGAUACUAUGCAAAUUGCCACAAGCUCCCUCUCUGAACCUUGAAAUUCUUUUAAGUGCUCACAUCACUCCCCUCCCUCGCUUCAUUUCAUCUCACGAGAGCUGACACGAAACUACCAGUCUCUCCCAUCCCUCCCAUCAUCCCAAAAUGGCACUCACAUCACAUGACACGCCACAAUACCACCUCCGCGGAAACAACUACCUCACUUUACCUCACUUUACCUCUCCCAAUCUUCAUUAAUCCUAGAUCCCAGCUCGUUCAUCGAUCGAAAACUCCCACACUCGCACCAAUCGCUGUCUCUCUCUUUCUCUCAUCAUCAUCCCUGUGCACCCAAACUCAAACUCAAGGCAUCCGAGGCAUCCCAUCUUUCGGUUCGCUUCGGUUCGCUUCACUUUCAUCUGCGGAUGCGAUGCGGAGCGGUGCGGCAGCCGCACCUGCAUGGUCGCCACGCCACGCCACCUCCUUUCGUUAAACCAACAUGCGCCCGUACAAUAUUACAAUAUUACAAUAUCGUAAUGCUGAUGUGAGGCCAGGGUAAGAGAUGGACUAUGAGUGGAUGGAUAUAAGCCGUUCCAAGGCUGGGCUGGAGGAAAUGGAAGGGUGUGUGCGGUGUUUGGGUGAAGGGUUUCGUACGCUGUGAUAUGUGAGUGGAUGGGUACCCGGUGCGUGGGUGUUACCAACGGUGAGAUGGGUAUAUAGUGAUGGGGGCAUGCAGCUCAGCUGGCUGUGUGUUGGUUGUGAAUUUUAAUAAAAGCUUGGAGAAUCGCAGCUAGAUUGAAGAGAAAAUCUGACACUUCUUUCCUCUUGAUUUCUGUGAAUUAUUUUUGUAAUUGAGACCGAGCACUACUUUUCUCUUCCUGGAAUUUGAUUUUGUACGAAGAAAUUCGUUUCAUCAUGAUCGACAUCUUACUUUCCGACUCUCAAAGAGCAAUCCGUGAUAAAGCCGCCCAAUUCGCUUCCGAUGUCCUCAUCACAGCAGCGGACACCUACGAGAAACACCCUACACAGAAAGAACGCUUCCAAGCCCUUCGUCCAUUCUAUAGCCAAGCCGUGAAAGCCGGCCUCAUUAAGGGCCUCAUCCCGAAACCAUUCGGUGGGACAGCCGGUACUGUGGUCGAAGCAGCUUUGCUAGUCGAGCAGUUGUGUAAACAUGAUCGGAGUUUGUCGUUGACGAUCUUCAGUACGGGGUUGGGAUUGAGCUCGUUGUUGAUUGCGGGGUCGCCCGAGCAAAAGGAGGAGUACUUGAAGCCGUUUUUGAGUGAGGAGGGUGAGCCACUGGCUAGUUUGUUGCAUACUGAGCCGGAAGGGGUGGCGAACUGGUUGGAGAAAGGUGGGAGUGGAUUGCGGACUUUGGCGAGGAAGGAUGGUGAUGAAUGGGUGGUCAAUGGUGAUAAGAUAUGGGCGACAAGCUCCUGCGGUUGGGAUGAUCGUGGGCCAGAUCUCAUGUGUGUUGUUUGUCGAUUCUCCGAAGAUGGACAACCUCAAGAACCAGAUGUAGAUCCAGCAGAAUCAUCCAUGAUCCUACUCAUUCCCCGUGAGGUUGUUGCGCAGAACAAGCCCGAAGCAUACCAAGUACUCAAGCAUAUCGAAAGUAGCGGCUUCUCUGCAACGGGCGGGCCUCAUAUUCGAUUCACAGACUUUCGUGUGCCAGGGAAGAACCUUCUUGCAGCUCCAGGUACAGCUGGUGCCGUUAUCACUCGGGCUUUCACCUCAUCCGCAGCACUUGUUGGUGCCAUGGCCACGGGGAUAAUGGCUGCUGCAUUUGAGGCUGCUCUUGCAUUCGCCAAGUCUGAUUUCAGAGGUGGUGCGCAGGCACUCUUAGCCCGACAGAGCGUUUCGGAUCUUUUGAUGGAUGUGAAAAUGCGGACCGACGCAGCUAGGGCAAUGACUUGGGUAGCUGCGAGUGCCUUGGAUAAUGGUAGAGGUGGGGAAUUGGCGCUUGAGACCAAGAUCUACUGCUCGGAGCUUGCUGUAAAGGCCGUUACUGAUGCGAUGCUGGCAGUCGGAGUGUGAGUCCAUCUCCAUACUCAUGGCAGGUUAUUGACUCUCUCAGUUCCUCGUACAACAAAGACAGCCCAUUCCCGAAAUUACUGAACGACGCCAUGUGUCUCCCAUUGACCGGCGGAGGCAAUGUUGGUAUCCGGAGGCGACAGUUGGAGCAGAUUUUUGUCGUUGAUGAUUACAAACCGUGGGCUGCAUCUUUUGGUUAGGUGUCAAUCAAUUAGUCGCCAAUCUCCAUUUUCAUCAUCUGUAUUUGGCCAUCCAGUGAGCCUCGACUGCCGGAUCGGGCCCGCGCAUGAGCUUCAUUUGAUAUGGCGAUGUCGAUCAAGUCAAGGUAAUGUUCUGUUUCUUGUUAACCAGAGAAAUUGAAGAGAACAUGUGUACACUUACUACCAACAUUCCAUCGUUUGCCG